AUGAUCAAAUUCAUAUCCCUGAUUCUCCUCCUCCUCUUGAGUGAGUAAGGUCUUUGGUCUCUGUCUCUCUGUUUCUUUCCUGGAUUUUAAUAUGGCUGAUGUUGACGGUAGUGGAAUGAAGAAGGAAGACGGCGGCGAGGUCAAUCCUGGUAUGGAGGGCCCCAACGCAAUGUACGUAAAGCUGAUAGCCUCUGACGGCCAUGAAUUUAUCAUCAAGAGAGACCACGCACUUACUUCAGGGACCGUUAAAGCUUUACUCAGCGGGCCAGGUCAGUUUGAGGAAUCUGAAAGCAACGAAGUUAAUUUUAGAGAAAUACCGUCACACAUAUUAGCUAAAGUCUGCCAGUAUUUCACGUACAAGGUUCGUUAUACUAACAGCAGCACUGAGAUACCAGAGUUCCCCAUUGCAAGAGAGAUUGCUCUGGAGCUACUGAUGGCAGCUAACUUCCUUGACUGCUAGAGACUAAUACACAUACAAGAGACUCAUUAUUAUAUUAUUAAUACUAUUAUUAUUAUUAUUAUUAUUAUUAUUAAUACUAUUAUUAUUAUUAUUAUUAUUAUUAUUAAUACUAUUAUUAUUAUUAUUAUUAUUAUUAUUAUUAUUAUUAUUAUUAUGCACAGUAUUUUGGUGUUUAUGUGAGUCUUGUACUUGCGUUCUUUUUUUGUGUUAGAAGUGAAUGGAGUUGAGAGAGCACAUGUAUAUGUACUUACGAUUUUCUUUCCUUUAUAGUAUCGGGACCAUUUUUGUGUUUUAUUCAUUCAUUUGUCGUCCAGUUUUUGUUAUUAUUAUAAUUCCUUCUUAUCCUAUCUUAAGAACAUGA